AUGCGUAGUACUGUUCGGGUGUCUGCGCAGCAGCGAGGCUCUUCCCCGGGUGGACUGUUGAUGGUUCCCCCACUCCGAACAGCCCAGACUGCCAACUGCCCAACCUCAACCCACCAGACACUCACCCUCAACCUCAACCUCAACCUAAUCACAAAUAACAGUCCAUUCAUCAUGCUGCACGCCUUCCCUCAGCAACAACAACAACAGCAGCAGCAGCAGCAACAGCAACAAUCAAAUCAGUCUUACUUUCGUUCAUCACCACCAUCCAAUCCAAUCCAGUCUCAACCAAACUCAGCACCACUCGCCUCAAAUAAUCAAGGCAGACUGAACAACAACACUAAUACUACCACCAACUCCACUAAUCAAUCCACUCACAACUUCAACAAUCUCCACCUAGGAUCACUCAUCAGUCCCAACCUCAACUCCAACUCAAAUCAACAACGUAACCUACUCCUGGGGGCUCUCAACAGUCCAAUCGCCCCCCUAUCCGCUUCCAGGGAAUCAUACGGCUCACUCCUCAACUCCAACAACAGCUCCACGCCCUCUCAAGUUCAAAACGGCAUAGUCAGUCGAGUAGAUACACCCUCCUUAAUUGGUCCACCUUCAGUGAAUACCCCCAGUUCUGCCGGAUUACCCAUCAACGUACCCUCGCAUAUCCUGUCCAGUUCGACUGGGAAACUGCUCUUGUCCUCCAAGCAUGGCUCACCCACCGGGGCUGAGCAUCCAAAGAACUCACAAUCCGAGAACGAAAAGAUUCACUAUUUGAUCGUCGACCUCUUGAACCCACUCACCAGAGAAUUGGCACUCUUAGAACUCAGUAAGAAGCGCGAACAAUGGGACGAUCUCGCCCUUGUUUUAUGGCAUUCAUUCGGUGUCAUGUCCUGCUUAUUACAAGAGAUCGUCGCCGUCUAUCCACUCCUAUCACCCCCUUCGUUAACCGCCAAUGCAUCCAACCGAGUCUGCAACGCACUCGCACUCCUCCAAUGUGUCGCAUCGCACAACGAGACUCGAGCGCUAUUCUUACAAGCCCAUCUGCCACUAUUCCUCUACCCGUUCCUGAAUACGACCUCGAAGACUCGACCGUUUGAAUACCUCCGACUGACUUCGCUCGGGGUGAUCGGCGCCCUGGUGAAACAGAACGACAACUCAGAGGUGAUCAACUUCUUGCUCUCGACUGAGAUCAUCCCCUUAUGUCUCAGGAUCAUGGAGACUGGAUCCGAGUUGAGCAAGACCGUCGCCAUCUUCAUCGUCCAAAAAAUCCUCCUCGAUGAGAUGGGUCUGGCCUACAUCUGUCAGACUUACGAGCGAUUCUAUGCUGUGGGAACGGUGCUCAGCAACAUGGUCAACCAGUUGGUCGAAACCCAGGCCGUGAGACUCUUGAAACAUGUCGUGAGGUGUUAUUUAAGAUUAAGCGAUAACUUGAGAGCUAGAGAGGCUUUAAGAGCUUGUUUACCCGAACCUUUACGAGAUGCAACAUUCAGUCAAGUCUUGAAAGGAGACCUAAUCACGAAACGAUGUUUGGCUAGCUUAUUGUUGAAUCUGUCAGACCGAGUCGAAUAGUAAAAAAAAUGAUCUCCACAUCCUUCAUCCUAAUAACGCAAAACGCAAAGACUUAAAAAAAGAGAAGAAGAAGAGAAAGAAUUGCUGGUUCUUCCUUUCUCUUUCUCUUCCCACAUCCUCCAUCUUUGAAUGUAGAAAAGAUGUGGCCGAGAUUUCCCCUAAUUAUUAGCAUCCAUCCUCCCCCCCCCCAUCUGCUGGUCCUCUUUUAACACCUCGUUUCGUCCACUACCAUAUCUCCCAGUUUCUUGGCAUACACUCUCAUCCCGUCCCGAUCUCUUUUGCUUACUAAGUCCUACUGCUACCUUUGUAUGUGAUCUGAAAGAAUCGAUCAACUGAUAACUACCACCUCAUGUUUUAAUAACCCCCCCCCCCCACCUACUCAAUCAUCACAUAUAUAUACAUCAACUAUAAACACCAAUUCAACAAAACAAAAUAGUCACAUCCUUAUUUCUAUCAUGUUUAAUUCCGUCGGGCUUGUAUGAAUUAGAUCAGAUUUAUCUUUACUACAACAUUAAAACCCUCCUUUAUUCUUUUAAUUCCUGCUAUAAAACCCUCUCCUCCCUCCUACGAUUUACCCUCCCAACCCCUGCACCAGAAAAAAAAAUGAAAACAAAAGCACCAAAAAAUAAUUCAAAUCCCCCUCUAUCUCUCUGCAUGUAUAUAUAUAUCUAUAGACUUGACUUGUUUCUCUAUCUGAAAAAUAUACAUUAUGAUUAUUUACAUGCUGUUGUUAGUAAUCAUUAGCUCUUUUUUUAUUUUUUAAUCUCCUCUCUAGUUGGUCUUUUCCUUUUCUAAUUUCUUUCUUCCUCUUUUUUUUUUUUUU